AUGUGCAAGAAAGAGUGCGGCCACGACUCCGACGACGGCGAAGACAACAAAUCCGCCGCAAUGAGGUACGUCAUUAUGGCCGCCGUGGCCCUGGUCAUCAUAGGCCUGACCGUCCUAAUCAUGUGGGCCGUCCUCCGGCCCAAAAAGCCCACAUUCCUCCUCCAGGACGCCACGCUCUACGCCUUCAACCUAACCAACUCCAACCUCUUCCUCACCACCACGCUCCAGGUCACGCUCUCGUCACGCAACCCGAACCGGCGGGUCGGGGUCGACUACACCCGCCUCGGGAUCUACGCAUCGUACCGCAACCAGCAGAUCACGCUGGCCACGGAGCUUCCCCAGGGGUACCUGGGGACCAAGGACGUGACCAUGUGGUCCCCGUUUCUGUACGGGGAGACCGUGCCGGUCUCCCCGAACCUGGUCCAAGCUGUGGGCCAGGAUCUGGCCGCCGGGGUCGUGAUAGUGAACGUGAAGGUGUACGGGAGGGUGAGGUGGAAAGUUGGGUCGUGGCUUUCGGGGAAGUACCACCUGGCGGUGAACUGUCCGGCGUAUCUCAGAUCUGCGGCCGGCGGUGGAGGCGGAGGAGGAUUGGUUGCUGUCGGCGGGGGAGCGGGGGUGAAGUAUCAGUUUGAUCAUGGUUGUAACGUUGAAGUGUCGGCUUGA